ACACUGUAGUAGAGGGGAUAGCUACUGGCCUGGACGUUUGCCGGGGUUUAGUGCAGUGGGUUUUCUGAAGGCUGUGCCGCGGGCCGCAUGCCAACACCGCGAGUGGCCUCGUGCGACCCUAUUAAUACUACAAACAUCGUAAACCUGCCAUAGUAUCCGACGGGCUCAAUCAUGAUGUUCAUCUGGACGUGUGUCUUCCUAUCCCUAGCAUGUGUCGCGAAGUCAGCACCAGCGAAUGGCUUCGUAUUCCCCGAUGAAAGGAGACAAGAAAGAAAAUUGGAACCUAUAAUUACUCCUCCAGUUCUACCAGUUUUGGAACAUCUGGAGCGCGAUCCCAGUACUUUAUUGCCUGGUGAACGUGGUUCAGUGAAUCAAGUGAAGCCGAGAUAUGGGUUUGGGGGUGGUUUUAAUGUAAAGCCAUCUGGCAAUGGGGGGUUGACAGCGAGUAUAAGUAGCAGUGCUAAUGGUGCCGGUGCUAGUCAUUCAGCUUCACAGUCAUUUUCGUUUGGAUUCAAUCAAGGAUUCAGUGCAUCUCAUUCCGCAAGCCAGGCAUCUUCUUUCAAUGGAUUUGGAAAUGGCUUCGGCGGCAGUCAAGCAAGCAGCCAAGCGGGAUCCUUCAACGGUGCAGGUGCUACGGGAGCCGCGUCCUCUGCAUCAGCUUUAGGAGGUGGUUUCAAUGGCCAGUCGGGCAGCCAAAGCGCUUCAUCUGCUUUUGGCUUUAACUCCCUGAACGGCUUCCAGAAUGACCCAGUCUCAUUUGGAGACGGUCUCCUCGACGUGAGGCAUCGCGGCGCGCCAAACUUCUCGUUCCCUGACCUGCUCCGAAGACACAAGGCUCUCACUGCAUCCGCCUUCAAAUCUCUACCUUUUGGGAACAACGACGACUUCCUAGCUGUACUAGUUUCUAAUUAAUACUAGAUGCUAAGUAGGCUUAUUUCGACGAGUGACGACCCACAGAGUUCUUAAUAAGGUAAUAGAAAUGUUGUGUUUUGGAUGCCUAUUUAGAUGACCUUUUUGAUACAAAAAUAUUUCGAAAGAGCAUAAUAAUAUACUAGGAACGUCUAUGUCCGAUGUCAAAGCUCUGUGAGUUAAAAUGUGUGUGAUACAGUCAAAACUCUUAUCCUGCCCAAAGUACCUUAUAGAAAAUCCGGCCAAAACUCUUAGCUGAAAUAAUCUAAAACAACCAUUAAGUUUAUAAAUAACGCAUAUAUAUACUAUUAAUUCUGAGCAAAGUCAAAGUACGCUCUAUUAUAGAUUUCAGCCGUAGUUCUACCCCUAGAAUGUUUUUGUAAAGCGCGAAGCCUGAAGUGAGUCUUUUGGUGUGGCCAUUUAAAAACAGAGGUAGAUAUUUAGUACAUAUACUCGUAAUACGCUGGAGCUACGGGGCUACAUUUAAAACCAUUUUGAACCGAUAUUUUUAAUAAAACGCACUAUUAACCAUUUUUUAGGAAAAACUUCUUUUAGCCAACUUUUAUCUUUGCAAUAAGAGUUCUGAAUGUAACAGUAUGCACUGCAAAUACGUCUGUUUUGACAAUAACGCGCACUGAUGUUUUACUAGACAUCAUUUUGAACAGCGACAAUCUCACGUUCCACAAAGCACUUCUAUUACUUAUUCUGAAUUCUGUGCGACUACUAUACAUAUUUAUAGUAAAAUCCAAAGAAUGGUGCUGGACGCCAUAUGACAAUAUUAAAUUAUGAUUUAUGACCAUGAUGAAGGGCAUCAUGGUCAUAAAUCAACCAACAAGCAACGGAUAAAAAUAUCGGUACCUAUCGAUAUUAAUUUACCCGUUAUAAAUACGAGUAUGGUGCAAUUUUUGAGCACCUGGAACCUGGACUCAGUAGCCCAAGAACAAGUUAUUAUAUAGUUUUUGAAAACGCAUCAGACAGGCUCUACUGAAAACUUAAGAAUAAUUAAGUUCGAUAGUAAUAGAGCAAUAAACUUUACUCAGACGAUGGUACAAUAUCGAACCUUACAAAAACCAUAACUGUCUUCGAAAUGUGUAAACUUGUAAGUAUAUCCAUUGUACGUGUAUCUAAUAGUUUGACAUAUUGUAAUGAUUGUAUCAUUGAUUUUUCUUAUACGAAAAUCAUCAUUUGCACGAGUAUUUCUUUUCAACAAAACUACAGUACGAAUAUGGGAAAAUUAAAUAGGCAUACACGCAAACACUGGCACAUAACGGGAACUGCAAUAAGAGGAAACAGUCUAGGUGCCUAAAUACAGCUUUGUUAUGCUAUGUAUGUAGUAUUGUAAAUACAGAAUAAUUACAUUAUUCUGUACAUAAUAACAACAUGCCCUGCCUAGGUGUACAUUGUAAUACUUUUUAAAAUGAAUCAAUUAAAUUAAUAAAAAUAAUAAUCAUAUCAUCUCGAAUAGGUAAUCCAAUAAUAUUUUCAAAACAAACGUUUAUGACUGACGCACUAUUUAUUUACCUCGUAGUUUUAUGUUAUUAUUUAAAGCAAUAUACGAGAAACUCACGAAA